GUCAAAUUUGUUAUUUGAUGUGAUUUGUAAUUUGGUAAUUGGUUCAAAUAUUAUUUCAUAUUUUGUACAUUUGUUGAAAUUGAAUUGAAUUUUUAAUAAUCAUUACGUACUUGAACUUAUUACAGUAGUCCUUACUACGUCGCUUAGACUAUUUACUGGUUUCAUUUACAUUUAAAUCUUACGUCCCUUCCUAUAGAAGUGACUGCAGGACUUACAUCCUACUGUGUCAGUUGAUAUCCUUGCUCUGGUGUAAACAUUGACGUUGUUACUUCUGGUCACUAAGCAGCAUACAGCAAUGACGAACCACACUACAAAAGAUCUGAAGUGUAAUUUUACGCAGACAACAGGCGCUGACCAGUGUGACUUGUACAUACAUCCCACUGAUGAAGAGGAACAGACAGCAGCAGAUGAAUCUGUUGUGGGAAAUGUUGCAACAGUUGUGGUGAAGAACGAAUACUGUACCGACUUCAUGUUGAGUGUUGAUAAAUUGGAAUUGCUACAUGAAGAUGACAAUCACAUAGACAAUUUAAACAAUGACUGGGAAUCUGACUUGAGCAUAAAGUUGGAAGCGAGGCCACUGGUUGAGGCUGGAAGUGAAGAUCAUCAUAACAAAGCAGCAGCUGCCUUUAAUACACAGAAUCUCAUAAAGAGUGAGAAUAUCACCUUUGGAUGCACCCUUUGUUAUGAGGACUUUGUGCAAGAAGAUGCAUACAAUGAACAUAUGAUCAUGCAUCUCCAGGACGCUGCAUGUGAUGCAUCACCAGUGUGCGAGCCUCGUGCAGCUGUGAGCCGCAGCUGGGACUCACUCGUGCUGCAGAACAAGACAGGAAGUCGGAGGCUGAAUGAUGCCCCUCCCCCGGCUGCAGGCUGCGCUCAGGCGACAGUCGCUCCACUGUCCGCGAGACUUGCGGCAAACGACUACAAAGUGCAGGCAACUGAAGACGCAGCUGCGACCUGGAAAAGUGAACAAAUCCUUGAGACUGACAUUGGUGAACUGGACAACCAGUUGUCUCAAAGCAACACCAACAUAUCGUGUAUGGAUGACAUAAAUAGAUUCACAAAUUGUGUAGUACAGUCAUGUGAUAUUUUCAAUAAACCCGAGAGAACUGUACUAGAUGAGGAUCCACGCGUGAAUACCCGCACUGGUACAAAGCCUUACUCUUGUGAGACGUGCAAUUAUAAAAGUGCACGGAAAAGUGAUUUAAAAAGGCAUGAAAGAACCCACACUGGUGAGAAGCCUUAUUCCUGUGAGACUUGCACCUAUAAAACUGCAGAAAAAAUCGCUCCACUGUCCGCGAGACUUGCGGCAAACGACUACAAAGUGCAGGCAACUGAAGAAGCAGCUGCGACCUGGAAAAGUGAACAAAUCCUUGAGACUGACAUUGGCGAAGACAACCAGUUGUCUCAAAGCAACACCAACACAUUGUUCGCUCCACUGUCCGCGAGACUUGCGGCAAACGACUACAAAGUGCAGGCAAUUGAAGAAGCAGCUGCGACCUGGAAAAGUGAACAAAUCCUUGAGACUGACAUUGGUGAACUGGACAACCAGUUGUAUGACAUAAAUAGAUUCACAAAUAGUGUAGUACAGUUAUAUUAUGAUACUUACAAGAAACACGAGACAACUGUACUAAAUGAAAAUACACGCGUGAAAACCCACACUGGUGCAAAGCCUUACUCUUGUGAGACAUGCAAUUAUAAAUGUGCACACAAAAGUACUUUAAUAAACCAUAAAAGAACCCACACUGGUGCAAAGCCCUACUCUUGUGAGAUAUGCAAUUAUAAAUGUGCACAGAAAGGUGGUUUAAAUAGGCAUGAAAGAAUUCACACUGGUGAAAAGCCUUACUCUUGUGAGACAUGCAAUUACAAAUGUGCACACAAAAGUACUUUAAUAAACCAUAAAAGAACCCACACUGGUGAAAAGCCUUACUCUUGUGAGACAUGCAAUUUUAAAUGUGCACACAAAAGUUCUUUAAUAAAUCACAAAAGAACCCACACUGAUGAAAAGCCUUACUCUUGUGAAGCGUGCGAUUAUAAAUGUGCACGGAAAAGUUAUUUAAAUAGCCAUAAAAGAACCUACACACACUGAAAAUCCUUUCUCGUGAGAGAGAAUGCUGUAAAUGUUAAAAGAAAAUUAAAAGUAGUUCGUCACUUGAGAAGUUCACUUGACUACAUCAGCACUUCACAAGUAACAAUGCAGUCUCACAUUAUAUUUAGGAAAACUGCCAUCUUGAGUUCAAAGCACACUGAAGUACACGGGCACAUAUAUACAGUAUUUUGACAGGAAGCUAUUUCUGUUACAUUUCUGAGGCUGGCUGAGGCAGGUUAUUUGUAUCACUGUAUGUAUUGUCACCAGCAGGCCUGAGAUGUACCGAGAGAUGCCGAGACCAUUUUGUCUGCAUAUCGCUCUCUCGCACAAUAUAGAAAGCGAUGUUUAUGCUAUCUCUGUUGUUGCACAAUGUGUACACAAAAUGAUCUGCUUACCGCCUCGUUCAUGUAGCAGAGAGGAUAUUCUAAUUGGCUCCACCGAGCUCAUUCAAAGCGUUUUCCUUAUUGUACACGGCGUUAAAUAUGAAUCAGCUUGCAAAAUUAAAUAUGUGUUUUAUUUUUUGAGUAAUUUUUAAGUUAAUUCUCAAAAUCAUUAAACGUUUCAACAGAAAAUUUAAUUUUACCUUUUUAAAAUAGUCAGAGUUAUCAGUGGAAAUUGAAGGGCCAAACAUGGAAGAGGUCCCUUAUAUUUUAGUAGAUGAAACAAGAAAAGCCAUUCAAUCUCAUAAAAACUAUAAAGCUCCCGGAGAGGACGGAGUGACUGGCGAACUGAUAAAGGGAGCUAUGGACAUUGUACUAAAACCGCUGACUAAUGUAUUCAACAACAUUUUGGACAAAGAAGUUGUACCAGAACAGUGGACACGGUCAACCAUAGUACUGAUCCACAAAAAAGGGGAUAAAGACAAAAUUGACAACUAUAGACCCAUAAGCUUAAUGUCAACAAUUUAUAAAACUUUCCAAAAUCAUCUUGAAUCGGCUCACCAAAAGAUUAGACGAAGAACAACUAAGAGAACAGGCGGGUUUCAGAUCUGAUUUCUCGACAGUAGACCAUGUAGUGAAAAAAGGAGUAGAAAAAUAUAACGAAUAUGAGAAACCAUAUUACAUUGCAUUUGUAGACUACAAUAAGGCAUUCGACUCCAUGUCUCACAACUAUAUUUAUAAAGCCCUUGCCAAUCAAGGAAUCGAAAAUAAGUAUAUAAGACUAAUUAAAAAUAUAUACGUUAACAGCACGGCAAAAGUGAAAUUAGAAAGAAUUGGAGAAGAAUUCACAAUCAAAAAAGGAGUACGGCAAGGAGAUCCUUUGUCUCCAAAACUCUUCUUAGCUGUGUUAGAAGAAAUAUUCAGAAAUCUAUACUGGGAAGAAUUUUGAAUGGUUAGGAAUUAAUAUAAAUGGAUACAGGAUAUCACAUCUAAGAUUUGCGGACGACUUGGUGCUGUUCGCUGAGGAUCCAGAGACACUACAAAAUAUGCUAAAAGAACUAGCAACAGAAAGCAGGUCUCACUAUGAACACUACCAAAACUAAAGUGGUGACAAAUAGACAAAAACAAAAAAUAGAAGUAAGCAACCAAGAAAUAGAAUAUGUGGAUGAAUAUGUCUACUUACGACAAGUAAUUUCACCAAACAUGUUGAUGGACAAAGAACUCCAAAGAAGAAUGAACAAUAGUUGGGCUCGCUACUGGUCUCUUAGAGAGAUUAUGAAAAACAAAGACGUUCCAAUGUCAAUCAAAUGCAAAAUAUACAACAUGUGGAUCCUCCCAAUACUAACAUAUGGAUGCCAAACCUGGGCUAUGACAAAAAGCCACCAACAGAAUCUGAAGGUAUGCCAACAUGGGAUAGAGAGAAGCAUGUUGCAUAUAAAGUUAAAGGACAAGUGGAGUUUGAAGAAAAUCCGAAAAGCUGGGGUAACAGAUGUUUUAAAAAAAUAAAUAAUAAUAAUAAUUUAUUUGCUGAAACUGUGGGUUACAAUGGUUCUUACACUAUAGAAAAAAAAUCCAACACAAUUUACUGAUAUAUCAGCGUGCAAAUAUUUACAGAAUUUUACAAUAAUUUAUUAUACCUACAAUUAUAAAACGUCAAUAUUUAUACAUUACAAAAUUUCAUGUCAUUCAUGUACUCGUCAACACUAUAAUAAUUCUUAUUAUUUAAAAUGGAGAAGAUUAUUCGCUUAAACUUUAUUAGGGGCAUAGUUUUAUAUGAUUCUGGAAGCUUAUUGUACAAAGAAACAGCCAUACAUAGGUUGAAGUGGCGCUGGACUGGACAUGUGGUCAGAUCUUCAAACAAAAAAUGGUCCAAAGAGGUCAUUCAAUGGUCCCAGAGACGGAAAAAGAAGGCAAGGACGACCACACAAAAGGUGUGAAGACGACCUGCCAAAAGGAUGGCGUAGAAAGGCUAGAGACCGAGCUGAGUGGCAAAGUCUGGAGGAGGCGUAUGUCGAAGGACAACCUGACUGCGAUGCUGUAAUAGAAAAUAAGAAAUAGUAUUAAGUAUAAUAUAUGUUAUCAAAGUCAGAGAAUAAAGGCUAUUUUUAUUUAUUUUUAUAUACCAACCACAGUUUAGGUACCAUUUAGUUGUAGACCUUGGAUUGUAGGUUAGCAAUAAAUUAACAUGUAUACUAAUAUUAUAAAGCUGAAGAGUUUGUUUGAUUGGACGCACUAUUCUCAGGAACUACUGGUCCGAUUUGAAAAAUUCUUUCAGUGUUAGAUAGCCCAUUUACCGAGGAAGGCUAUAGGCUAUAAUUUAUCCCCGUAUUCCUACGGGAACGGGAACCACGCAGGUGAAACCGCGCGGUGACAGCUAGUUUUCAUUAAAAAUAGGAAAACAAUGCGUUCGGAAAUGUUAGCGAUUAAUUUGGAAAACAUGUGGAAUUUCGACAAGUGUUUCAACCCAUACUUAAGAUUCGCCUUCGCCUUUAGGGUGGCAACUAGGCACAGCCGAAACCUAUCAUUAGUACGACCAACGACAUGUCUCGUGGUGAGAAAUAGACACAAUAUCUUGGUUGACUAAAGAUAAUUUAUAUCUGCCAAAAAAAUGUAAGCAGCAUGUUGCCUCUCUGUUGGCUUACAACUUAAACGAGUCAGUUACAAGUGUUGUAACACAGUCUAUUGACAUUAAUAUGACAUGUAAUAAUAGUAGUUAUGUUUCUAUUGACCAGAGUACGAAUGAUAGUACUGUCUCAAUUGUUAAUUGUAAUUUAACCGAUCCAGUUACAAGUAUUGUAACGCAGUCUUUUGACAUUUUUACAACCUGUACUAAUAGUACAAAUAUUUCUAUACCUGACCGCAGUACCAAUCCUGGUACUGUUACAAUUGAAAAUUUUUUAAACUAGAAGAUACGACAACGGAGAUGCACUGUAACAUUAACCUUGUACACCAAAACAUACAGAGCAUCAACGGCAAGGAGUUAGAAGUUGAACUAUUUGUAGAAAAAUUCAAUAUACACAUAUUAUGUAUUACGGAGCAUUGGCUCACUAACUCACAGCUGUCAGUUCUUAAUAUUAAUAAUUAUUCAUUGUCAAGUGUGUUCUUCAGAAGGGCUGGUCAUGGUGGCUCCUUAAUUUUCUUACAUAAUAACUUAAAAUGUAAGGAUAGAAAAGAUAUAGUUCGUCUUUCUGUGGAAUGCAUUGUUGAACUUUCUUGUGUGGAGUUGGAACAAAUUAUUAUAGUAUGCGUGUACAGACCCCCUCCUGCUGACUUUGAUCAAUUUGAAGAGGUAAUGGAAGAUGUAAUGAGGCGAUUGUGCACAUCUUCCAAACAAAUACUGAUUUGCGGCGAUUUUAAUGUUGAUAUUCUAACAGAAAACUCAAAAUCUGUUAGAUUUCUUAACUUAUUUAAAUGUUUUGAUUUGAUGCAUGCUUUUAACGAACCUACUAGGAUAACCGCAACUUCAGGUACCUGUCUGGAUAAUAUAUUUUAUAAUUGUGUGCUUGAGAGAAAGAAGAUAAUAAAUAAAUUAAGCUCUGAUCAUAGUGGUCAAAUAAUUACUAUCUUAAAUAAUAAAACCAAUAGCAAUCAAUGGGUAAAGUGUAGGCCAAUAACUGAAAGUAAAUUAAAGCGAUUCAAAAACACAAUUAUUUCUAAAAUUCCAAGUCUUGCAUUUGAAAAUAAUCAUCCAGACAUGCUCUUUGGUACACUUUUCAAGACAAUAGACAGAGAGUUUAGUAAAAUUUUUAACUUUAAACGCAUUAAUGCUAGCCAAAAAUUAAAGUUUAGCGAAUGGGCUACUGUAGGCAUUUACAAAAGUAGAGACAAACUGUACGAGUUGUACGAGCAAAAACAAUAUACUCAAACGCGAACUUAUUUAGAUUAUGUCAAAAGUUACUCAAAAAUUUUCAAACGUGUUUGUAUUCUUGCGAAAUCGUUACACAUCAAACAGAAAAUAAUUGAGUCUGAGAACAAGAUACAAACCACCUGGAAUAUAAUUAAUAGAGAAUCAGGAAAAAUCAAACCGCGGGAUAUCAGUUUUGAAUUAAUUGUCAAUGACAAAAAGGUAAACACUGAUAUCGAGGUUGUUAAUGCCUUUGAAGAUUUUUUCCAGAAUGUUCCUAUCUUGUUAACUGAUUCACUAGAUUCGUCUGCUACGGAAGCCCAGAGACUAUUAAGAGGCAAUGUUAAAGAGUGCAACGUUCUUUUUGAAUUUCACCACAUAACUGUAUCAGACAUUAAAAAAUCUUUCAAUUUGUUAAAAUUAAAAAGAACCGGGGAUCUGUGGGGCAUGUCAGUGAAAGUAAUAUCUAAUAUAAUUGAUGUAAUUGCUCCCCACUUAGCUAUUAUUUUUAAUGAAUGCGUGGAUUUGGGUAUCUUUCCGAACCUAAUGAAACAUGGCAAACUGUUACCACUUUUUAAAUCAGGUGACAAAACUGAUGUUAAUAAUUAUAGACCAAUUACAAUACUGCCAACACUUAGUAAGGUUUUUGAAAAAAUCAUUUUAAAUCAACUUUUAAGUCAUUUUAAUUUAAAUAAUUUAUUUCACCCUGAACAGUAUGGUUUUACUAAAGGUCGCAGUACAACUGAUGCAGGUGCUAAACUUUUAAAACAUAUAUAUGAUGCAUGGGAAAAUGCUAAGAAUGCUAUUGGUGUAUUUUGUGAUUUGUCCAAAGCAUUCGAUUGUGUUGACCAUAACAUUCUUUUACUUAAGUUAAGCCACUAUGGCAUAAAAAGUGUUGCACUUGAUCUCAUCGCCUCUUAUCUUAGUGAUAGAACACAAAAGGUAUGCAUAAAUGAUUCAAAGUCUCGCGGUUUUUCUAACACAAUGGGCGUCCCACAGGGUUCAAUUCUGGGUCCUUUUCUAUUCCUAGUGUACAUAAACGAUUUACCACACCAUGUUAGCGGCAUCUGUGAGAUAGUACUGUUUGCUGACGACACAUCCCUAAUUUUUAAGAGUGACAGAAGUAAAGAUAAUUCCGACGAUGUAAACCGUGCCAUAUCGCAUGUGUCGCAUUGGUUCACUGUUAACAACUUACUUUUAAAUGCAAAGAAAACUAAAUGUAUUGAGUUUUCAUUACCAAAUGUUAUAAAAUUAGAUAAGUCUAUAAUGAUCAAUGGUGAAACACUAGAAAUAAAGAAUUCCACAGUUUUCCUGGGAGUGACCUUGGAUUCUAAACUUCAGUGGGGUGCUCAUAUAGAAGAACUGUCAGGUAAACUCAGCUCAGCUGCUUUUGCAGUGAGAAAAAUAAGACAGUUUACUGAUGUUGAUACAGCUAGACUUGUUUAUUUUGCGUACUUUCACAGCGUAAUGUCUUACGGUAUUUUGUUGUGGGGCAAGGCUGCUGAUAUACAUUCUAUAUUUGUACUUCAAAAAAGAGCAAUUCGAGCAAUAUAUCAACUAAAAUCACGCGAGUCCCUUCGUCAAAAGUUUAAAGAAAUAGGCAUUUUAACAGUAGCCUGUCAGUAUAUAUAUAACAGUAUAGUUUAUGUAAGACAAAAUAUUAAUUUGUACAAACGAAAAGGAGAUCUAAACCCACGUCUUACUAGACACGGGCAUAAGUUAGUUAUUUCUGCAUAUCGUCUCCAAAGAGUUAAAAAAUCUUUUGUGGGUUUGGGUGUACUCUUCUAUAACAAGAUCCCCAAGACUGUAAUGGACUUGCCAAUGCACAACUUUAAGCAAUGUGUUAAAAAACAUUUACUUAGUCGAGGUUACUACACUAUUGAUGAGUUCCUUAACGACAAAGGUGCUUGGAGGCCAUUGGAUCAGCUUCCACCUUCACACAGGAAAUAAAACUAUAAGAAAUUGUAAUUUAAUUGUUAUCAAAUGUAAAUUGUAAUACUGUAUGACUUUUUUCAAAAGAGCAACUGUUGAGUUUCUUGCCGGUAUCUUCUCAGCAGAACCUGCCUUCCGAACCGGUGGUAGAAUCUUUACAAAUAGUCAACUGACGUGUCAAAAGUGCUUGUAAACUGAGCCUACUUGAAAUAAAUGAAUUUUGAAUUUUGAA